AUGUCCGGCCGUGGAAAAGGAGGAAAAGGACUUGGCAAAGGAGGUGCCAAGCGCCAUCGUAAAGUGCUUCGCGACAAUAUUCAGGGAAUUACCAAGGUAAGAGUGUAGUUCCGAUUGUCUCUUUUUCGAGUCAGUUUUCUAUUUUUCAAACAAUUUUUUUUCAUUUUCAGCCUGCCAUUCGUCGCCUUGCUCGACGUGGUGGUGUGAAGCGCAUCUCAGGUCUCAUCUACGAAGAGACUCGAGGAGUGCUGAAGGUGUUCCUUGAGAAUGUGAUCCGUGACGCUGUAACUUACUGCGAGCACGCCAAAAGAAAGACUGUCACCGCCAUGGACGUCGUCUACGCCCUCAAGCGCCAAGGACGUACUCUUUAUGGCUUCGGCGGAUAA